AUGCAGCACGGGAGCGGCGACUACGCGUCCUCCGCCCCCUCCGGCCACUACUACCAGCACCAGUACGCGCCUCCCGGCUCGAACCCCUAUCCAGCCGCCACCGAUGCCCCGGCGCCGGGUGCAGUGGCAGGGGGCUACGCCUCUGCGCCACCCUACUCUCUCGGCAGCGGCUACCCCGACCAGCCGCCCUCCGCCCCAACCUACUCGCAACCACCCUCCGCCCCGGCAUACGCGCAGCCGCCGCCCCAGCCCCAGCACGGCGCCGGGUACCCGCCCUACAACACCAACCCCACGACCUACCCGCCGGAGGCGUACUACACCUACACGCCGCCGCCCACCCAGACCACGGCCCCGCCGCCUCCGGAGCCCAACCCCGUGCCGCUGCCCUACGACGCCCCGUACUACGGGGGCGGGUACCAGCCGCCGGCCGCGGGGUACGACAACGAGGAUUACCUGAACGAGGGCACGUACGCGUACAGCGGCGGCGGUGGCUCGGAGCCGUACGGGGUGCGCGGCACGGCCCCUGCGCGGUCGGGAUCCGCGCUGUUUGAUGACUAUGGAAGGUCGAUCAGUGCUCCAUCUGAUGACUAUGGGCGGUCGAUCAGUGCCCCAUCUGGAUGGGAGGAGCAAUCGUGGGGCAGUGGUGGCGGUGGCGGUGGCGGAGGGGGUGGGAGCUACGGGGUGAUCGCAAAGGCCCUUCCAAAGGCCGAAACACAUGAGGAUGCGAGUGGUGGUGCACAGAAGUUUCGGGUUAAGCUGCUGCCAGAGGGUGCUGGGAACCCUACUGAUGUGCUUUGCCAGAUUGGUCUCGAUGGAAUUCGCAUGCUUGAUCCGAGUACAAGCAGGACCCUAAGGAUUUAUCCGCUUGAUUCACUGACAAGAUGGGAGGUUUUGGAUGCAACUAUAUUUGCAUUCUGGGCGAAGACAUCAGUGGAUGUUGAACCAAAGAUAAUUAGGCUGAAGUCAAGCAGUUAUACUUCCAAUACUAUGCUUGACACUGUGACAGCAGCAACAGUGCAGUUUAAGGAGAUAGGUGGAGAUGCAAGAAGCAAAGGAGCAGUGGAAACUGGCAAACCUUCAGUACAAUCAAAUGAGAAAAAGAAAGGUUUUGAUUGGAUGUUUACAAAACCUGUUGAUGAAGUGAAAGACCAUUGGGUCCCAGAUGAGGUUGCCAAGAAGUGCCACUCGUGUGCCGUUGAUUUUAGCCCUUUCAAUCGCAGGCAUCAUUGUCGGAACUGUGGUGAAAUCUUUUGUGACAAAUGCAGUCAGGGAAGAAUUGCUCUGACAGCUGAGGAUAAUGCUCCACUUGUCAGAGUUUGUGAUAGAUGCAUGGCCGAGGUCACUCAAAGGCUUAGCAUUGCUACGGAAGCUGCCAACAGAUCUGCAAUUGUGCAAAGUCAUGAAGAUCUUGCAAGAAAACUGAAGGAGGAAAUGGAGAAAAACCGCAAGUCUUCAGGUCCAGCAUCUGGUGGUGGUGCAUCUGGUACCAGAAUGAGGGAAGUCGCGUGCCCUACCUGCACAGUCCAUCUUCAGGUUCAGGUUCCAACAUCUGGCUCAGAGACAGUAGAGUGUGGAGUGUGCCAGCAUGCCUUCCUUGUCAGCGCCAAUUGA